AUAAACAGUUAUUAUUCAUAGGAUGCGAAAAGGAUACUGGCGGGUUUGUGGAAGGAAGCGCCGCUCUCUUGGUCAACAUCAAGCCAAGAAAUACCAAUGGUUCUUUCAAAACGCUACUGCUGAGGAAAUCCGAGUAGAGGGGGAUUUUUGAGUCAGCGGUUUUGGCGGAAACAAGGGAAACUCAACUAUUAACUUAAUCUCACAUGCUUAACAUUCAGGCUCUCGCGAAGCGUAGCAAGAAUAAGGUAGCCUGCAUCAAAAGUAUGCUUCAUCAAUGCCCGCUGAACUCAAUGAGAGGUAGAGAAACAGUACACCGCCACGCUGAUCAUGGGAUGAGGGAAUUUUGUUUGGCAAUUGUCAGAGCGCGAAAAGCCAAUGCUGAAACCAAUAGGAGGUUAGUAGGGUCUGUCUAGUUCAUGCUGGUUGUGUAUAUCUGCUCCUAUGUGCGCCAGCGCAUGCGGAGAUAUUGUGCCGACAUCGGAAAUGCGACGAGAAAAGUUCUUGGAUGUUGUGAAGAUGAUUUCUCUCGCACCUAGAUUAGGAUUCAGGUGGCUAGGUGAGUGGAGUGCUAAUAUGAGUUAACAAACGCGAAUAGGCAAAAGCCCACGAAUACUCUGGUAUAUUUUAUGGGCCGUUCUCUAUUCUGGGUAAAAAAUUCCCGAUGAGCUGUCGAAAUUGUUCGGACAUCCUUCCAGUUUACCGAAAAUUCGCAACAUGUGCGCAAUGCCGAACGCGCGUUGGCCGUACUCAGCGGUCAGUUUCAACAUGUGGAGGUUUGUUUCUAAUUGUAGCCCGAGGGACAAGCUCCCUAGGCCCGAUAGAUCGGCUGUGGCGGAUUUCCAUUAUGGGUACAUCUCCAGGAACCAGACUUCGAAGGUCAACUUUUAAGAGCUCACACGGAGUCCCAAGGAACGGCCAAGCGGGCUCGAAGAUUCGGUUAUCCACCAAAGCUUAACGGUUGGUUAAGCUUCUCGGAUGGCCUUGAUUUUGAGGUAGCUUCUCCUGCAGAUCCAACUCAUUUAUUGGCUCAAGUGUUAGUAAUAGUUCUGAAGAUCCUCGUCAUGUGUCAAAUCUAGAAUCUAGGAUAGGCCAUUUGAGAUGUAGUAUGAUUCGAUGGCGCAAUGCUUGUCGGAGGAAAGCCAGCGAUUCCAUCA